GCGCUGCGGGUGCCGGUGCCGCCGAUGGCGCGGGCGUUCGGGCCGCUGCAGCUCGUGCUGGCGGCCGCGGGGACGGCGGCGGCGGCGCUGGACGUGUGCGCGGACGGGUGGGUGGCGGCGGGGUACGCGCGGGGCGGGCGGCCCGGCCUGGCCGCGCUGGUGCUGGCGCUGCGCGCCGCGGGCUCGGUCCUCACCCAGGGCUGCAGCUGGCUCUGGCUGCGCUCAGACCCGCCCGCACUGCGCCCCGCCGCGCCCCCGCCGCUGCUCGCUGCCCUCCACCUCCUCCAGCUCGGCUUCCUCUGCAGGUGCCUCCAUGCGCUGAAGGUGGGCUGGAAGGUGUGCAGGGCGAAGGAGGAGGCCGGCGAGGAGCAGAGCCACAUGGCUUUCCUGUGCCACGACAUCAGCAUGCUGCGCCUCUUCGAGACCUUCCUGGAGAACACCCCGCAGCUCACCCUGCUCCUCUGCGUUAUCCUGCAGACCAACAAGGCAGAGCCCUUCCAGGGACUGGGGCUCUGCGUCACGUUCCUGUGUGUGACCUGGUCUCUGCUGGACUAUCACCAGUCCCUGCGCUCCUUCUUGCAGGAUAAGUACGAGCUGAGCGUGAGCUCCUCCAUCGUCUACUUCCUGUGGAACCUCUUCCUCAUCUGCCCCCGCAUCCUGACGGUCGCCCUCUUUUCCCUGCUCUGGCCCUACGCCGUGGCUGUGCACUUCCCACUCGUGUGGCUGGCCAUGUUCCUCUGGGUGAGCCUGCAGGGCACGGACUUCAUGGAGUCACCUGGCCCCGAGCAGCUCUACCGGGCCAUGGUGGCCGUGAUCCUCUACUUCAGCUGGUUCAACGUGUCCCCGGGGAGGACGCUGCACCGCAGCAUCAUCUACCACAGCUUCAUCCUGGUGGACAGCACGCUCCUGGCCCUCUCCUGGCUCUGGUGCCGCUCCCCCUCUGAGGAGCACUCCUACCUCAUCCCGGUGGUCUCGGCAGCCCUGCCCUGCUACCUGCUGGGGCUGGCGCUGAGGGUCACCUACUACAAGUGGCUGCACCCCAGCCUGCGGGCACAGGAGGACCGCGGCUUUGACGAGGUGGAUGCCAACGGGACGAGCGGUGGGAUGGAGCUCCCGUCGUCCUCGGAGCCAGACCUCGUGAACAGGCGGAUGCGGUGGCUGGUCCAGACCCAGUUCUCCAUCUCCUGGCCUGUGGGGCAGCACUUCCUGAAUGGGGCUGCUGCUGCGGAGUCUGCUGCCUGAGGCCCGUUCCUCCAGAGUGACUUGCCCAGGAUUUGUUCAUCCUGCUCCUGGUUCUGUUCCCCCAGGGCUGUUUUGGGCAGC